AUGAUCUCCCAUCGCACCACGUUCGACAACCUCUACGCGAAGAGCGUCCGCCAUGGGCACGAGGCCUCCGACACCGAGAAGACCAGGUAUUUCAAACACUCUUGGCCGCGCACCGGCGACUUUGCCUUCUAUCGCGCAACCUUCGAAAGCCUCCCAGCCACGUCCCAGACGUGGGACAAACUUGACUCCCUCUGGUGCCAAGCCCUGCGAUCUGCGGAAGAGUCCGAAGCCAUGGGCACGCAUGAAGGAGUCGUGGCCAUGACCCAUGGGAGAGACCAGGGACAGGAGAAAGGAGCGAGAAAUGGUGGUUCAUCUCAGGUGGCAGGGAAGACAUGGGAUCACAACACCCAGCCAUUCCGAGGCGUCUGCUACUACUGCCAAAAGCCUGGUCAUAAAGUGAGCUACUGCCGUUCGCUUGCGAAGGACCGACCAAGGAUGGACGAUGGGAAAGAGGGAGAUGCUGGAAAAGACGGAGAAGGAAGGCCAAAAGGAAAAGCCCACGCCCUCAUACGACGUGAAGAGACCGACGAAGUAGAGGACGAAGUAGAAAUUGGAGAUGUCAACCUGGGAUCCAUUUACUACUACACCUCGGAUAUCCACGACUUUUACUUGCAGGCCCACGCCGGUCUUCAGGGUACUGCCCGACCCACUCACUACGUCGUUGUUGCAGACGAAAACAAGUACACUGCGGACAAGCUCCAGGGCCUUGUCAACACUCUCUGUUACUCGUUUGCCCGAGCCACUCGAUCUGUCUCUAUGGUUCCUGUCGCCUACUACGCCCACAUUGUCGCCGAGAAGGUCAGGCUUGUCAUCGAUGACGAAGACUCUGACAAUGCGGCCAUGUCUUCGACCACUUCUGGCUCCAAGGUUGAGCAGAUGACCUUUAAUGCUACCCGUGUGUCGAAGCGAUUCGAGGACCACCCGAAGUCUAACAAGGUUGCUUGGGAGUCACUGUAUCGGGAGGGAUAUCACUGGGUUCCGAAACUUGCGACCAGGAAGAUGAAGAAGAAAACAGACCUUUCGGCCGUACCCCAUCUUUCAACACUGUCGAGUCUGUGUUCCCUCCCGUGUUCAACUCUCCCGCUACCUUCCACCCCCAACUCUUCACCGCGCGCGCCCAACCCUGUCAACCCCGUUCAGCAGCCCGCUGCUCCUUCCAGGAAGGGGAGGGCAUUCAAGGGUCUUCCGGGAAGCAAAAAGUCUGCGCUCGCCAAGGCGUACAGUGCGCCGGUGUUGGGAGGGUGGGCAAACAUGGAUGUGGAUGUGCCCGAGGGGUCCGAGAAGAAGGAGGAGCAGGAAGAUGGUUUCGAGUUGGAUUGGAGCAAGGACAUGGACUUUCCAUAG